AUGCAUUCUACUCUCCAGGCGGAACUACGGUUCACGCGGAUCAUUUGCUCAAGUUGUCGAAACUGCGCCCAGCGCCAAUCACGGAGAGCAAACCGCUCGUUUUGCACUGCGCCUCGCGUUCGGACUGCUCAAAAACCGACAAACAGCUUUGGCUCUCUCAGCAGUCGCGGGAUCAGUGAUGACUCAAAGAGCCAUGGAGCUGCUCGAGUGGAGGUAGCAAGAGAUUGUGACGCUGUCGAGGAGGACUCAGACCCCACCCAUCAACGUCAAUCAGGCCCUCAUGAGAGCCGCACCUCCCAAACUGCGGACGAUGCUCGAGCGAAAGACUUCUACGGCUCACCCGCGAAAAGAAGGCUGCGGAAUCGCAUGAACAAAGAUGGAGAGGCCGAAUACCAAGCUCCGGAAUGGUUUAUGGACAGCAACGUGGCCCUCUUCGGGUCAGGGUUCCUCGCACCUGGCACUCCCUCGAGGAUUAAAACGGUGGCCGCAGAUCUGCUGACCGGCGAGCCUCUUGAACAAACUUCCUCACCGGACUCUGGCAGUGACCCUUCACAUGGCUCAGGGGGUAAAGGAAGCGACCCCAGUUCUACUCAAAACUCGCAUGCGGCUCCCUCACAGACAGAGGAUAGAUUGGAGCAACCCGACACCACAUCCCCUGCGCAAUCUACGUCGAGCUCCUCGAUAUCUUCGAGGUACUAUGUGGUGGAUGAACAAUACGAAGAGGUUAUGCGAACUGCAAGAGGUCUCAUGCAAAUAUCACAAACAAAGAAUCCGCCAAAUAGCGCCGAGUCCUACAGAGAUCAUCUCCAUCUACAAUAUGCUGGCAAGGACGGCGAUCUGCUCCUUGACCAUCUUGUCCAGGAUGUUGCACGCCAACUCGGCUGUGAUUUGAUGGUCGUGGACGCGCAGGAUAUCGCAGACCUCCUUCACCGGAAUCAUACAAACCCAGCCACAGCAAAGGCGGGCCGAAUGCUUAGCUACGACGUGCUUGCACACGCAUUUCCAGACCUCUCUGAACAUAGUGCUUCCCACGAGGCGCAAGACGUAGACGACGACGAUGGAGACAUCGACGACAUGAUGGACGACCUUGAAUCCACACCUUCUUCUCCUCAGAUAGGUAUGCCCAUGUUUAUUGGAAGGCCUACCGCUAUCUUGAAGACUAUUAUCGGACAGCUUCCAGAUUUUGGAGAUGGCAUGCGCUCAGAUAUGCCGCGAGGGACGCUGAGAAUGUGGCCAGAUUUUGCUGACUCUCAGAAGCCACGGGAUGAGCAAGGUGCGCUGUCUGGACUCGUAUACAAACUACUAAAGAGCUUGACGGAUCGGCGGGCCGCCACGGGUACUCCUGGGAGAGAGCAGGGUGAUGAUCUGGAACGGCAACGAGAAACUACAGCGAAACGAAGUGGUGUCCCCAAGAAUGGCGCGAUUGUUCACGUCAGAGACUUUAGAGCCAUCCAGAGUUUAGAUUUGGGUCGCUCGUUUCUGAACUGUCUUCACAGGCUACUAGCUCAGCGUCGAAGCAAAGGUGAAUGCGUUUUACUCAUUGGCACCGAUUCGGCGCGUGAGGAUCAGGAGCCGUUCACCCGGGAACGCAUUCACGAAUCCCAAAACGGCGGGCAAGAUGGGAAAUCACAAAAUAUCGUCCUGACUCCGGUCUUGCCCAACACGACGUCCAAGCUUGCACUUCUUCACGACAGGAAGCAACGCAUUGCCACAGUUAAUAUGAGACACCUCUGGGAAACAUUGAGGAUUUGGAAGCCGUCCGUUUUUGCCCACCUAGAGCCAGGCUUCUGGCGCGGUGAUUUCUUCGACCGCAUCACUCGCAGUGACAGAUCGUGUUUGGAAGGACAAGUGUGGAAUCACCAACAUGUGCAACGAUUGGCCACCUAUAUCGCAGGAGCUGUUCCCUCGAACUCGGAGGGUGAAGCCAAUACCCCUGUAAACCAAGACCAACCACAGCCCAUCAUUAGCGCGGCAACAUCCCAUUUGAAUCACAGUGACAAGACUAAAAUCCGGUGGGCAGAGAAGCAAUCAAAGGAAGCAAAGAAGGAAGUUCCAGAACGACAUAUGAGUAAGGACGACCGACUCGCCAGAAUCCGUGCCUCGGCUUCCAAGUACGAGAAACGGUUGAUGGGAGGUAUAAUCGAAUCCAAGAAUAUCAACACGACCUUCAAUGAUGUCCACAUGCCAGUUGAAACCAUCGACACCCUCCAAACGCUGACCACACUAUCGCUCAUUCGGCCCGAGGCCUUUAAAUAUGGUGUCCUCGCAUCCGACAAAAUCCCUGGUCUUUUGCUCUAUGGUCCACCAGGCACAGGUAAAACUCUGGCCGCUAAAGCGGUAGCCAAAGAGUCCGGCGCAACGAUGCUUGAGGUCAGCGCGGCAGACAUCAACGAUAUGUAUGUCGGUGAAGGGGAAAAGAAUGUGAAAGCUCUGUUCAGCCUGGCCAGGAAACUAUCACCUUGUGUUGUCUUUCUAGACGAGGCAGACGCUAUGUUUAGUGCGAGGAGUAACCAGGGUCGACGUGUCAGUCACCGCGAACUUCUCAACCAGUUUCUGAAAGAAUGGGACGGUAUGAGCAAUGACUCGGGCAGCGCCUUCAUCAUGGUUGCGACAAACCGGCCUAUGGACCUCGAUGAUGCUGUUCUCCGCCGCUUACCGCGGCGGUUACUAGUUGAUCUGCCUACGGAGCCUGAUAGGUUCGAGAUCCUCAAGAUACACCUGCGCAACGAGAAACUCGGCGAGGAUGUCAAUUUACAAGAUCUCGCCAAAAAGACACCCUUCUAUUCGGGCUCCGACCUGAAGAACGUCGCUGUUGCAGCGGCAUUAAAUUGUGUCCGGGAGGAGAACGAACUGGCCAAACAACACAAGGGCGAGGAACCAUAUCAGCAUCCCGAACGACGUACACUCACAAAGAAGCACUUCGACAAAGCCCUAGAAGAGAUUUCGGCAAGUAUCUCGGAGGACAUGUCGAGCUUGAGGGACAUUAAGAAGUUCGACGAACAAUUUGGAGACAAGCGUGGAAAGAAGAAGAAGGCACCUAGGCUAGGAUUUCCAACAGAGAAGGAGAAUGAAAAGGUCAGAGAUACGGUUAAGGUACGCGACUGA